UAUUCAGAUUCGAAAAAUCGAAACGUUUUCUCAGCGCGAUUAAUCUUAAUCUCGAAAGCCGCUCUUCAGCCGUCUUCAAGAUGCAGAUAUUUGUGAAAACUCUCACCGGCAAAACAAUUACCCUUGAGGUUGAAAGUUCUGAUACUAUUGACAAUGUAAAGGCCAAAAUUCAGGACAAGGAAGGAAUUCCACCGGACCAGCAGAGGCUAAUCUUCGCUGGAAAGCAGCUCGAAGACGGCCGAACCCUGGCCGAUUACAACAUACAAAAAGAGUCCACGCUCCACUUGGUGCUCCGUUUACGCGGUGGGAUGCAAAUCUUCGUGAAAACCCUCACUGGAAAAACCAUCACCUUGGAGGUGGAAAGCUCUGAUACCAUCGACAAUGUGAAGGCCAAGAUCCAAGAUAAAGAGGGUAUUCCACCGGACCAGCAGAGGCUGAUUUUCGCGGGUAAACAACUCGAAGAUGGCCGCACUCUGGCUGACUACAAUAUUCAGAAGGAAUCAACAUUGCAUUUGGUGCUUCGUCUUCGUGGGGGAAUGCAAAUUUUCGUCAAAACGCUCACGGGAAAGACUAUCACAUUGGAGGUUGAAAGCUCCGACACAAUUGACAAUGUCAAAGCUAAGAUUCAAGACAAGGAAGGUAUCCCUCCAGACCAGCAAAGGCUAAUUUUCGCAGGCAAGCAGCUUGAAGAUGGACGGACUCUUGCCGAUUACAACAUUCAAAAGGAGUCAACUCUUCAUCUAGUGCUCCGUCUUCGCGGUGGAAUGCAGAUUUUUGUGAAGACCUUAACGGGAAAAACAAUCACUCUGGAGGUUGAGAGUUCGGAUACCAUCGACAACGUGAAGGCUAAAAUUCAAGAUAAAGAGGGCAUCCCACCAGACCAGCAGAGGCUGAUUUUCGCUGGAAAGCAACUGGAAGACGGCAGGACUUUGGCCGACUAUAAUAUUCAAAAAGAGUCGACUUCGCAUUUGGUACUGCUGCGUCUUCGUGGUGGUCUUCAAAAUUAGUAUCUAAACUGUGGUACCUUUUAGAUUUCCUCAUCUCCGUACAAUAAUCUCUAUUCUUAAAAUCUCUGAGACUCGUGUGAUCUGCUUAUGAUUUUUAAUGUUUAGCUAUGUAACAUUUCCUUUAUCAAUCGCUUUAUAUUUGUGUAUAUACCGUUUGCUUGUAUUCC